CCCUCCCCUCUGGCGCCAUUCCAGAAUUUUUCUUUUUAUUUCGAUUCAAAUUUUCAAAAGCCAAACACACUGACCUCUGUCUCUCUCCCUAAUUCUAGUUUUCUCCAGAAAACUCCGUAACAAUGGUUGUAGCACAGAAAGUUAAAGAAGCAGAGAUCACCGAACAGGCCUCUCUUCUUCUGACAAGGAACUUGCUCCGUAUUGCAAUUUUCAAUAUUAGUUACAUCAGAGGCCUGUUUCCGGAGAAGUAUUUCAAUGACAAGUCUGUCCCUGCUUUAGAGAUGAAGAUUAAGAAGUUGAUGCCUAUGGAUCCAGAGUCCCGUAGACUGAUUGAUUGGAUGGAGAAAGGUGUUUAUGAUGCAUUGCAGAAAAAGUACUUGAAGACACUUUUAUUCUGUGUGUGUGAGGCAACAGAUGGUCCAAUGAUCGAGGAAUAUUCAUUUUCCUUCAGUUAUUCAAAUUCUGAUAGUCAAGAAGUUUCAAUGAAUAUCAAUCGCAAUGGAAGCAAGAAAAACGGAGGAACAUUCAACUAUAACUCCACCACAGAAAUUACUCCCAAUCAGAUGAGGAGUUCUGCAUGUAAAAUGAUCCGUACAUUGGUUCAGUUGAUGAGAACUCUGGAUAGGAUGCCUGAGGAGCGAACUAUGCUGAUGAAGCUCCUCUAUUAUGAUGAUGUGACGCCAGCAGAUUAUGAGCCUCCAUUCUUCAGGGAAUGCACAGAAGAAGAAGCUCAUAACCCAUGGAAUAAAAGCCCUCUGAAGAUGGAGGUUGGGAACGUCAACAGCAAGCAUUUUGUGCUUGCUCUCAAGGUAAAGAGUGUGCUUGAUCCUUGUGAGGAUGAAAAUGAUGAUAUGGAAGAAGAUGAAGUGAGCUUAGGAGCCGUGUCUCUGCAUCAGUCAGAUUCUUCUGAUUCUGACAGUGAGGUUAGCCAAUCACAAGAAAAUCAAUAUAUGGUUGCACCAGUGGAGAAGGAACGGCGGGAGGAAGACAAUGGCAUGGUUGACCAAGAUGAUACCGAGGAUCCAGAAGAGGAUGAACAGCAAUUGGCUAGGGUGAAAGGCUGGAUCACUAGCCACCACCUUGACACUGUCGGACUUAAUGAUGUCCUCUCUAAUUUCCCAGAUAUUUCUGUGGUCCUGACUGAAGAAAUUAUGGACAAGCUUGUGAAGGAAGGUGUUAUAUCAAAAUCUGGACCAGAUACUUACACCAAGAACAAUCAACAGAAAUCCGACUUCGAGUUCACUGUGGUUAAAGAGGAAAUGGAUGGUCAAGCAAUCCCAAACGGUAACAAAGCUCCUAGGAUCGAUGAUCAUAUGUACAUGAAGGCUUUGUACCAUGCUCUUCCAAUGAACUAUGUAACAGUUGCAAAGCUUCAGACCAAGUUAGAUGGAGAGGCAAAUCAGACAACCGUGCGGAAACUAAUUGAUAAAAUGACCCGAGAUGGUUACCUUGAAGCUAAAGGAAACCGUAGACUAGGCAAGCGUGUCAUCCAUUCAAUUCAAACUGAGAAAAAACUUGCGGAAUUAAAGAAAAUAUUGGGAAAUAACCUUAUGUAUGUUGAUAAGAAUGAACAACAAAUCAAGUCUAACCAUAUAGAGUUCCUGAAAUCAGGGAACGACCAUAGAGAUACCUCAACAUGUGGUGCCCUCCACUCGGUUGGAUCAGAUCUUACACGCAUGAGGAUCAGAUCUGACAUUAAUCAUAAUGGAUCAGUUAGGAGCGAGCAGACUAUCUCAAAGACAGGCAACACUCCCACAAGCAGGGCUGAGCCAGUUGCUUCAAGAGAAAGUUUUGCUCAAGGAAAUGAGAAUGGCAGAGCAAAUGGAAACACAAAUCACUGCGAUGAAGAAGAUACAGUUAUCUGCAGCAGAUCCACUCAAGACAAGAGAACCAGGAAAACAAGCACGGUUAAGGAACCAAUUUUUCAGUACAUGAAACGCCAGCGAUCUGAAGCUGUUUGAAAGAGGAGUGGAACUUGAACCGUAAUUCCUCCGACUUGGAAUUAGAAAGAGCUAACCUUUUUCCCUGAGGUCUUAGUUGCAGAUAGUAAGCGGUGGUUACAGUUUUUACCUAUGUGUCUCAAUAGACUACUACUACUAUAUAGAAAAGGAAUUGUGUAUAUAUAGUGGAAAUGAUUCCACCUCUAGGUACUGUCUUUUUUUCUUUUAUCUUUUCUUUUCUUCUUUUGGUUUAUAUAGCGACGUCGCUGAUCUUUAGUCAGCAACUAACAUGGUUAUUACUUUUCAA